UUCGACAUGAAUAUCAUCAUAUAUCACUACUUGUGCGGGGUGAUAGAAUUUUGUCCUAUUGUCCCGUCAUACGUCGUGUUCAAAACAUUUGUAUCAGAGAUCAGCACGUGAUAGUAUGAAUUCACAGGAUAGCAUAGGAGCCAAUAGCAUGGUUUUGGACGGCAUUUAUCGUGCAUCGGAGAUCUGCUGGUCAUAAACCAUAUACGGAGUCGGAGAUUAAUUUCAUUUUUGUAUAUAUUUCUUGUUAUUGUUAUACCAUCGUCGUGGAUAGAUCGGACGAGGUUACAAUAAAUUUGUUAAAAGAAGAUCAUACGUCGCCAAGUGGCGUCUUGCAAAUUUACACUUUGUAUUUUGAUAUGUGUUUCUGUGAGGAUUGUAGUAUGAGUGAGUAUAUAUGCGUUCAUCCCAUUGAACGAGAAAUUGCAAAGGAAACUUUCUUUUCCAUUUCAUUUCAUUCUCUUUUCUUCCCUUCAUUGACCAUAUCCCGCUUACCAAAAGCCAAGAUGGUCCUAUCAUUCUUUACAUUCUUUUCUUUUCUCAUAUGCGUCAACUCUGCAUUGUGGGUUCUUAGCCACUCCUCCCCAGUACUUGAACAAAAUAGCUAACCCUCUCACUCAUCAUCUAGAAUUCGAUCCCCAUUACUCAAUCGCGAUGACACACCCAGCUCAAUAGCUCCAGCUCCAUCACUCCCCUCAUGUGCAAUUUCCUGCAUCGCAUCAGCAGUUGCCUCGCAAACAACUUGUAGUGCAACAGAUUUAGCUUGUCAAUGUGAUCCCGAUAAUGCGAGUUUAAUUGAAAGAGAAGCGACGAGUUGUGUUCUUGGUGCUUGCGGGACCGAGGGGGCACAUCGUUAGUAUUGUCCCCCUAUUUUCUGGAUAACUGAAGAUUCAUGCUGAUGUUUUAAUCUUAUAUAGAGGUCCUAGAUGAUGCUACUGCGGAAUGUUCUUCUGUUCUUGCGGCUGGAAGUGCUACUGCUAGUACAGUGCCUUCUUCGACAGUAUCACCCGUAGUUCCAUCUGCGGCUCCUACUUCCGCUCCUCUCAGCACAUCAGCAGCCCCAUCAUCACUCCCAACCACUACAUCUUCCCCUCUGGACUCCAGUUCCCCGUCCACAGCUCCAUCUGCACUCCCAUCAUCAUCGUCAGUAUCCCCAUCAUCCAUCACCUCUCCAACACCAAAUACAUCAGCGAACGCCACAUUUAUCAUUCCAGCUUGUGCGUUUGAAUGCAUUCAAAACGCGAUCAAAUACACGGAUUGUGCAUUUACGAAUUUAACAUGUCAGUGUGAAAAGGAGAAUGCCGCGGUUAUUCAGAGUGCGACUGCUAAUUGUGUGGUGGCGAGUUGUGGGGAUCAGGGGGAUUGGAUUGCUGUUGGUUAGUGUAUUUUCUUCCCCACCGCCGCCCCGUGGCCCUAUCUCUGUUGGUUGAGGGGGGGAGUGAGCCCCAAAUGUUCCUGUUUUAUUGGGAACAUCAAAGCUUUGAUAAAGAAACGUCUUCGACACCUGAAUUAUGAUAUCUCAUGAUAUAUAUUUUGAAUUUCAAGACAGGAACAGAUAAUUUCAUUCGUUAGAAUGUAAUUAUCUAUUCUAUAGCCAAAAAAAAUUUAAUGAGGGACCUUUGGGGCUUUUCAAGGUACGAGAUCAAAAAGCUAACAUUGACAUAGAUGUCCAAAGAGGGCAAAUCGAUAAUUGUACCGCAUUAUCACCUUCUGGUUCAAACUCCAGUUCCAGUUCAUCUUUAAUAACUGGCUCAGCAACAGCUAACGCACAAACACAAACACAAAUAAGUCUCACAGGCAACCCAUCCGCUGUAUCUACAACAGUGCAUCCAUGCGGACCUCCUAUUCCUGAUCCUUCAACUGCAUCUACAGGCUCAAGUCUAAGUCCAUCAGAUCCUUCUGAUCCAGGAAGCUCGACUCCUUCAACAAAUCCAAGUGGAAGCUCCCCUACGGAUCCUAGUGGCGAUGGAGGAAAUGGUCCAUCAUAUUAUUCAUAUCCAUCGGGAGCAAAGCCAACUGAUCCACCCAGUCCGCCCACUUCUAGCGGUGGAGAUCCAUCUGGGGCUGCUUCUAGCACGCCUACUGAUUCAGGAUCAGUUUCUUCAACUAAUGCUAGUGCUAGUGCAGAUCCAUCUGGAGGUUUCACAUCUACACCAACCGACCCCAUCUCAUCAACAAAUAGCGGUUCUUUCCCAUCAGACGGUUCUUCUAUUCCCACAGAUCCCGAAUCCGCUUCUUCAACAAACGCAAGUAUAGAUCCAUCUGGUACUUCGGGAUCUACAUCAACUACUCUAGGUUCAUUUCCCUCAAGCAGUUCUUCAAACCCUACAGAUCCACCAGGAAGUACCGAUCCCUCUGGAGCAGCUUCAAGUACGUACCCUAGAGAUCCAUCUACUACUUCGAGCAUACCUCCUGCUGGAAAUGGAAAUGGUAGUUCUCCAAGUUAUGGAUUUGGUUAUGGUGGUUAUUAUCCUUCUAGUACACCUACGCCUACCGGGAGCGGAGGUGACCCAGGAAGUCCUGAGUCUUCGGGAAGUGCUAGUGCUAGCGCUAGUGCUAGUGCUUCUGUAUCUUUAUCUUCGUCUGCUACCGGACCAGCUUCUUCGAGUAGCGCUAGUACUUCUGAGAAUACUGAGAUUCCGAGUACGAUUGGUGGUGACCCUUCUUCACCAAGUACAAGUGGAGGUAAUUCUUCCUCGCCAAGUACAACUAGCAGUGAUCCAUCAUCACCAACAACUUCUGGCGAUCCAGAAAACCCGUCAAGGGUUCCAUCAGGAACCAAUACAUCUCCAACCACUAGCUCAAAUUCUGCACCCCCUCCUCCAGGAUACUAUGGCUAUGGUCCAUCACCAUCUCCGUUAUCACCCUCGAUUUCAUCAUCAUCACCUUCAAUUUCAUUAUCAUUAUCCUCAAAUUCAUCAUCAUUAUCUUCAACUUUAUCAUCACCUCAACUUCCAUCAUCACUUUCGACUUCAUUAUCAUCACCCUCAGCUUUACCAUCACUCACUUUCACUUUCAGCAACCUUCAUCUCUAUCCCACCCCCAUCCACAUCCCCAGAUUCCUCCUUUCACCUCCCUUCCGUCUCUCCUCCUCAUCCCAAUACACACUCCUAACAUACAUCAUGCGCGUAUAUUUCAACCUCUCCCCUCCAUCCCCCUACAUAUCAUCAAGGGGCCUCACAACCAACGAUCGAACCUCCGCAUGUAUUUUCACUAUUACAUCUUCGGGCCUACUAGCCUGUGAAUCUUCUCCCAAAAAACCAUCUUCUGGAUCUACUCAUUCUUCCAAUAAACUCUCUCACGGACUGACGUAUUUCGGUGAUCAAUUCUCCAAAGUCUGGGAGAAGGGUUACACGAUUCUCAGUACUGAGAAUAGGGUAAGUGAUAUGGCGAAUAAAGAUUUAAAUGGGACUUUGGUUGUGGAUACCACGAGCGAGUAUCCCUAUGGGAGUUUAUUGAGAUUGGUUAAUGGGGAAUUUUUGGGUAAUGGUAUGUAUGAUUUUUACUUUUACUUUUACUUUUUACUUUUACUUUUUAAAUAUUUUAAUUGUCGUCUUUUUUUACCAGAGUUGUUAUAUACAACCCUUAUAAUCUUACAUAGACGUCCCUUACUUACGAAUGGGAUAUAGAUAAUCGAGCGCGGUUUUGCGCUCAAUGUCAAACUCAAACGGCAUAUACAAACCCCAGCACACAGGGCGAUGCAUUUAAAGAGGGAUCACCAGUUCGUGCGUAUAUUAACGGGACGCAGAGUUUACCGGUGGAUUGUAUAGAGGUUGGGCUUGUGGUUGAGUGGGUGGAUGGUGAGGGGGUGGGAGCGACGGUGGGGUAUGCUUGAUCAGGGGGUUUGGAUCAGGGGGUUUGAGGAGAAGGAGGAAAGGCGGGAUGAGAAGGAGAAGGAGAAGGAGGGAAGGGGAAGUAGAAUGACAUGAGAGCUGUUGAGGAAAGGUAUAUGAGAGGGUGGAUAUAUGAAUGGACAUUCAUUUUGAAGUUUCUUUUAUUUUACUGUCUUUUGUUUUAUUUUAUUUUGUCUCGCCUCAGGAGGAAAUUAUAUUGAUAUAUAAAUCGUAAUUCGAAUUCAAAGUCCUAGGAUCAUAAUCUCAAGCUUAUCAGAAAAGAACUAUGGGCUACUUCAAUUAAUAAUACUAAUAUAGUUCUUUUUUGGAGAUUGGACUUUAUCUGAGGGUGAUUUAACUUGAAUGAUCGAAAGAUAUAAGAUCUUAUGAUUUUGAUUGAUUAUAUACAACUCUUGGGAGAGAUAUAAUUAAAAAGCUAUUUAAGAAACGGUAGAUGUAUUCUUAGAGACACAGGAUUGGCAGCUUAUCCACUACCAACAAAUAUCAGCAAUUAUAAACCAAAUGAAAUAAAAUUCAAAAUCAAAUACGCCCCUACACCAUCUCUUUUUAUUCCAAAGUUUCAACGCUAUACUAACUAUACCAUGGGAUUAUUCCUCCUAAUUCCCAUUCCUAAAUCCCUUUUCUAUGCUCCGUCCCGUCUAACCCAUACCAUCCCAUAUCAUACCAUGCAAUAUCCCACCAAGCAAUUCAAAACCCAUAUACACAAGGACCUCCAAAUAAGAUAUAUGCAAUCCCCACAUCGACAUACUCACCAGCACCGCGAAGAAAAAUCUAAAUAUCAAACAUGUAGUAAUACUCACAUAAAAGAAUCGAAAUUUCUUCUCUUUACCCCUUUCCCCCUAGUAAACCUCCUAUUACAUCUCACAACACCAUGAUUCUUUUCCUUAGAACCAGAUCUC